AUGCCUUUGACAAACAUAUUAGAGGUAGAGAUAUUUGACGUCUGCGGCAUUGAUUUUAUGGGGCCUUUCCCACCAUCCUUUGGUUAUAAGUACAUUCUGCUUGCUGUCGAUUAUGUUUUGAAAUGGGUAAAGGCAGUCCCUCUUCCAACCAAUGAUGCAAAGGUGGUGGUGAAUUUUGUGCGAAAGAAUAUCUUCGCAAGACAGGUAGAGGUAUCAAGUAGAGAAGUGAAGCAAAUCUUAGAGAAAACUGUGAAUGCCCAGAGGAAGGAUUGGGCAAUGAAGUUGGAUGACACUUUAUGGGUGUAUCGCGCAGCUUAUAAAACCCCUAUCAGAGCUUCUCCUUACAGGUUAGCUUACGGGAAGGCGUGCCAUCUGCCGGUUGAGUUAGAGCAUAAAGCAUAUUGGACAAUCAAAAAGGUCAAUCUUGAUAUGAGCUUAGCGGGAGAGAAGAGGUUGCUACAAUUGCAUAAGCUGGAUGAAUUCAGAUUGGGGGCAUAUGAGAACGCAAAGCUAUACAAGGAGAAGACCAAGAGAUGGCAUGACAAGCAUAUUCAACAUCGUGAAUUCCCGCCAGGGCAGAAGGUACCACUCUUUAACUCUAGGCUGCGGUUGUUUCCGGGAAAGCUUAAGUCCCGAUGGUCUGGACUCUUUGUGAUAACUAGAAUCACAUCCCAUGGUGCUGUCGAAAUACAAACUAUGGAUGGUGUGCAAAUUCUUGGUAAAUGGACAGUGUCUCAAGCGAUAUUGGGGUGGUAA